AUGAUCAUCUGUCGCGUUCUACUCGAGCAGCGCCCCUCGGGCGUCCCACCCGGACCCACAGCCUUACCAGUUCUCGGCAACUUACAUUUAUUCCGUGAGGACCCUCGUCGAGUUCUAGAACAAUUACGAGAGAAGUAUGGUGACAUUUACAGCAUUUACUUCGGUAAAGAGCUGGCCGUGGUAAUCCACGGCUUCGAUAAGAUUAAGGAAGCGUUCGUAAAACACGGGGACGUGUUUUCUGGCCGACCGUCUAACCGACUCACCGAGCAAGUCUGCCCUGACAAAGGACUUAUUACAUUGUCCGGAGAGAAAUGGCGGAAAGAGCGAACUUUGACCAUCCAGGCUCUAGGAGAUCUGGGAUUCAGGAAAGCGCUUAUAGAAGGUCGCGUUUGCAAGGAGAUUUCUUGCUUUGUGAACCUUCUCGAAGAAAACGUGGAAGCCCCAUUUGAUAUAUGUCUACCGAUUCAUACCUCUAUAUCAAACGUGAUAUGUUCCUUCAUCCUGGGCAAACGGUUUGAACAUGGAGAUCAAACGUUUCAAGAUUACAUCAGUCGACUGCUGGCCAACUACAGGGCGGCCGGAGCGACAGCGGCGCUGAAUUAUCUCCCCUUUCUGGAUUAUCUUCCUGGAGAUCUAUUCAAAUUUAAAAAGACUUUGCACAAUAUAUUUUACAUCGUGGACUUUAUCAGAACCAUUGUGCAAGAUCACCUUAUAACCUACGACAGAUCUAACGUGAGAGAUUUUAUCGAUGCAUACGUGAAAAGGGUUGAAGACAGUGGAUCUGAAUUAAACGAAGAGCAACUGACCCAUGCUAUUUCUCAUUUGUUUGUGGCGGGAACAGAGAGCGUAUCAACCGCCAUUCGCUGGAUCCUUCUGUACCUUUGCAAGUUCCCGGAUGUUCAAGAGAGAAUCCACUCGGAAAUAGACUCUGCUUUGGCUGCCGAAGAGCCAGUCGCGUGGGAUGACCGUGACAGGCUACCCUUUACCAUGGCGACAACAAUGGAGGUAAUGCGUCACGCGGAUUUGGCGCCUUUAGGAGUUGCGCACUCAGCAACAGAGGACACCCACUUCCGGGGACACUUCAUCCCGAAGGGUACGAUGAUUAUACCUUAUAUGCACGGUGUGCUUCACGAUAAGCAGUUCUGGGGAGAUCCUGAGAAAUUCCGACCGCAGAGGUUUUUGAAUGAGGAGGGUUCUACCGUAAUCCCAGAGCAAUAUGUACCCUACGCCAUAGGAAGACGAACGUGUUUGGGAGAACAUCUGGCCAAAAUGGAAAUUUUCCUCUUUGUGGCGUCCAUUUUGAAAAAGUUCUCUAUUAUGCUGGCGGAUGGACCUCAACCCGAAUUGAGUGACAGCAAAAUGGGACUCACCGUUGCACCUAUGCCAUUCAAAUUGGUAUUUUCGAAGAGAUAGUUUGGCCGUUAUAUAGAGAUCCUUUAUGUGAACGCAGGCCUACACAUGCAACGGCAUGCAGUUGUUUGUCAUUGUCAUAAUAGUACGAUGACUUCAGUGAGACUCUAGUUACAUGUACAUGUACACAGAGCGGCUCAAGAUAAUCGCGAGUGGGCUAUAUGGUUGUAUUUUAAGACAAUGCGUGGAGUACCACAGACAGAAGACAGUCCCAACGCAAUCUUUCUAAUGAAUUAUCUAUGCCAAAAUGAGA